UAAAAAAAGGAAAAUUACUAGACAGGUGUUUUUCUUUCUCUGUCUGCUUGCUUCAAUUCCUCUGUCUCGUUUUCUCUGUUUCUUGGUUACUUUUGAGAAAAUAUAGAAGAAGGGAAAGCUACCAAAAGUCUCAGAAGCGAAGCGAAGAGAAGCGAAAAGAUCUGUCUUUUUCUGUUGUUGUUGUUGUCUUCCUCUCUUUCACGUUGUCUCCUCUUGUUGUGAUGAUUUCAAGGAGAGAGUGAGAGAUAAAAAGAAAAGGAAAGAGCUCACUUGUGAGUUGUUGCCUACUGGCAGCGUAUUAAAUUCUGAGCUUUUACUCUUGUGAUACGAAGCAAUCAUGCUAACUUGCGUCUUCUUAUAAAGUUGUAGCCAUCAGUUUCUGUAAGGAAAGUAGUGUUCUCAGAAAUGGGAAAGAAAGGAAGUUGGUUUUCUAAAAUCAAAAGGGUUUUUACUCCACAUUCCAAAGAGAAGCUAAGCAGUCAGGAAGCAGAGAGAAAAUGUGGAAACGAAAAGAGGAAGAAAGGUUCUGGGAAGCUGUGUGGAGAUACCAGUUCAUUUCUUCCUAUCUUCAGAGAGCCUAGUAGUAUUGAAAAGAUCUUUGGCGAGGCUGAGAGGGAUCACAAUCUUGUUUUCAGGCCUCCUACUCCUUCUGAUCGAUCAAAUCCGUCCUCACCCUCUCCUCCUCAUCCUCUGAGGCUUACUUCUCCAAGACCAACGUCUCCAAGAGCCGCUUCUCCAGAGCCCCCUCCUCCUCCUAGAGCAGACCUUUCAAGAUUGGAUUCUCCAAGAUCUCUUUCAUCAGCCUCUGCCAGUACUGUUCCUCCUCCGCCCCCUCCUCCACCUCCUCUCAGACCUGCUUCUACUCGAGUUCCUUCUCAGAGAAUUGUCCCUCCCAGUUUUUUUCCUCCAAAACCAGUUCCACAAAGAGUUGCCUCUCCACAAGCCGUCUCUAUAAAGCCUCCUUCUUCAAGAGGUGACUCCCCACAAGCCCUCCCUCUAAACCCUCCUCCAAGAGAAGACCCACCAAGAUUGAAUGCUCCAAGACCCAGUACAUCUAGUCCUUCUUCUCCAAAAGCGGUUUCGCCUAAGGCUGAGGAGCGACAAGAGAUCGUUUCUAGACCAGAGUCAUCUCUCUCGGUCCAACAAGCUUAUGCAACAAAGAUUCAAGCAGCUUUCAGAGGUUACAAGGCGAGAAGGAGUUACAGAGCUCUCAAAAGUCUAGCCAGGCUUCAAGGGUUUGUGAAAGGAUACAAAGUGACGCGGCAGACAGUAAAUGCAAUGAAGUACAUGCAGCAAUUGGUCCGUGUUCAAUCCCAGAUUCAGUCACGCCGCAUCAAAACGUUGGAAAACCAAGCUCAGGUUGUGAAAGCUGAAGCAAAACGGUCUACAUCCGAAGCUGGUAAUGGUAAUUGGGACGAGAGUGUGCUGACAAAAGAAGAAAGGAAUGCAAGAUCGCAGAGGAAGAUCGAUGCAAUCAUCAACAGAGAAAGAUCUAUGGCAUAUGCAUUUUCUCACAAGUUGUGGAAAAACAGUCCCAAGUCUGCUCAGGACGUUCAAAAUUCAAAUGGACUCUCUCUUUGGUGGAACUGGGGUGAUAGGCAGCUUCCUCUUACUAGUCAUGUACCAAGCCAUAGACAACCACUAAGAGAUUACAUGCAAACACCAUCAAGACUGAGCCCAAGCCCUAUGUCUCAGUCAAGCAACCAGCACCAUUUCAGGCAUGACAACAACUUUGACACUUCCACACCAACAUCGUCAAGGUCUACAUUUCUCACUCCAUCCAGACCCUUCCGCACAUCAAGAUACUCGAUAGGAAGACUAAGAGGUCAAGAUUCACCUUUCAAAGACGAUGACAGCUUCGCAAGCUGCCCUCCGUACCCGAGAUACAUGGCUCCAACGGUCUCUGCCAAGGCCAAAGUUAGACCAAACAGCAAUCCAAAGGAGAGAGUGAUGGGUACACUAUCUGUCAGUAGUGAGACAAGAAGAAUGUCGUAUCCCCCAACGCAACAAGGUCUCGAUAUGUUUAGAUGGAACAAAGGUUCAUUGCAUAUGAGCAACAGUGGGAGCCACAGAGGUUCUGGUUCACCUGGGGGUGUGGUUCUUGAGAAGCACAAGACACUUAAGUCAGUAGGGAAUUCGAGUAUUGGUACUACUAUCUCGAUGCCAGCCACAGUUGGUAGGAAACCGUUUAACAUAUAUGUGUGAUUUCUUUUAAUCGAACUUUUUUUAUGUGACCUUUGCUUCAUUUGUGGAUGGUGUUGAUUUUGGGUGCUGUUGUAAUAUGGAUUGUGAAUC